AACUCGAUCAUUCUUAAGUAACAAGUAAAACGUCUUGAAAGACCUCCUGACUACCUUCUCAUCGCACGCUGACAAUUGAAUUGACCGAAUCACCGAAAUCAACCCAAUCAACAUGUCUGUAAGUUUUUAUGUUGUAGUUUUUUAUAUUUGAUUUAAUGACACAGUUGAUCGAGACUAAUUUCUUCACCACCGUCCAUAUGUUUUGAAACUGUCAAUGCUUCAUUUAAUGUUAUGCAUACACUUUUUGUAAGGCGUUGCUAGUUUAUAUAUAAGUGUACAUUUUAAACAAUUGUUUUCCUAAGGGCAUAGUGGGUACGUCAUUGAGGUCAGAAAUACGAACAACAGGAGGCUAAAAUAAAUCCUUCAAUGACCUGCGUUGUUUCAUAUGUUCCGUUCCUUGCUGUAUUUUUGAGUGGUUUAGUAACGGUGUAAACUGGUCUAGUUUGAGUAUUAAUCCAAAAAAAUUUUUUAAAGAUAAGAAUGUCAAAGUUUAUUUUCAGGGAUUGUGUGGAUAGAAAGAGGGACUGCUGCAACAUUUGUUUGACAUAUGUCAGUAAUUGCUAUUGUUUACUUUGACAUCUCUACUUUCAGUGCACCAACGUCUACCGCAUUCCAAAAGGACCUCUUCCAGGAAAAAAGAUAAUCAUCCAUGGAACGCCCAAAUGUAACGCAAACACGUAAGUCGGAUCUCAAUAUGGGUCAUGUCUUAAUGUGGGUCAUGUCUCAAUGUGGGUCAUGUUUCAAUGUGGGUCAUGUUUCAAUGUGGGUCAUGUCUCAAUGUGGAUGAUGUUUAAAUGUGUUUUUUGUCUCGGUGUAUAAGUUGUCUCAAUGCGCUUGUUUUGUCAAUUGGUGUGUUGUCUCAAUGUGUAUGUUGUCUCAAUGUGUGUGUUAUCCCAAUGUGUCACUUCAUUAUGUGUCAUGUCUCAAUGUUUGUGAUGUCUCAAUGCUGUUUUAUGUCAUUGUGUGUGGUUUCUCAAUGUAUGUGUUGUCUCAAUGUGUGUGUUCUGUCAAUGUGUGUCAAGUCUUAAUGUGACAUGUCUCAUUGUUUGUGAUGUCUCAAUGUGUGUGUUUUCACAUAUUUCCCUGUGCUUGCAAGAUUUAAUUAACUAAAACUAAAAAAACUUCCUACUUUGUUUGAAAAUUGAAACGACGUGUCGUAAGUUUAGAAUUAGACAUUCCUGUAGCAGCAAUAUCACUGGUAGGAGAACAGUGUGGCCGAAGCUGACCAUAAUACUAAUUUAGAAUGAUGGUUCUUCAGACUAUUGCAGUAUAAUAUAUAUAUUAAAAAAGGUAAUUUUUUCAUAUAAAAUUUAACCUUAAAUAAAUGAUUUCAAAACUAAGUAUUAUGUCUACGAAUGGCAUGUGUACCAUGGCCAAUUUCUUCGUAUGCAGAUUUAAAUAUCAAAGAUUGAAUUGACAGUUAAUUGACGUCAGCCUUUGAAGCAAAUGAUACAUUCUUGAAUGACGUACAAAUCAGGUUUAUGUACGACAUAGCGCAGGUUGUUUCGUUUAACAUAAUAAAAUGUUCUCUACAUCAGAAGAAUGUAAAAUGCAAACUGAUAGUUAUAUAAUGAUCAGAUAUCGACGGUGAAAUAUUUAAGAGAUACGUUUUUCUUUAUCUAAGUCAGAUCCAUUCAAUAUUAAGCAGGCCGCAUCGAAACUCCCUGAUCUAUGAACCAGAUGGACGUAAAGGCGGGCAACCAAGCCAGAGUCAGAACAAUAAAGAUGUCGCAACAGUUAAUAGCUAUUCACGUGAGGGCCUCGGGAAGGUUUUUCGUAGGGCAUAAGUGGAAGGUCAAGAAGUUAAAGGACCAGUACACAGCGUUUUGCCACUUUUAACUUUAGUUGGUGUGUGCAUUUCAUCGUAGAGUCUGAGAUUUACCCACAUUAAUUACAAUGAUAGAGCGUGUACAUUAUCGCUAUUAUGUUUAUCAUUCAAUGGAAUUGAUUAUUGUGUUGGCUGUUCGUCCUUUGUAUGCGAAUAUGACCAAGGCUAUUUUAAAUGGUUAGUUACAAGCUGAUUUUUCAGUUAUAUUUUGUAAUGGAAAGCUUUCGGGAACUUAUGACCAGGGCCGUCUUUACAGCAGCUGAGACCCUGGGCACUGUAAUGAACUGAGGUCCGUAACUCUUUAUAUACUCAGGGCCGUGCGAUGGAGUGGGAAAAAAGGCAAAUCACCCCUGGCGCCAAUAUCAAGGGGCGGCAAAAUCGUUUGAAGUUUGACCCUAAAUAGUAAAUUAAACGAUAAAAUCAUAUAUAGGUCACUUAAUCCUCUUACUACUGCACCUCUGGGCAUCGCAUGUCCUGGGAACAGAUGUCUAUAGCCUACUAUUAAAGUAAUGUUAUUUAAAACAUUACGGCCUUGGUUGGUCUUUGCGUUUUGAUAUUAUAUUUUCACUUUGACUACGUAGGAAGUGGCAAACAAUGUUGCUGGUUAGAUUCCAAUCAUUUUUAUUUGAGAUAAAACAGAGAAAACAAAGUAAAUCGUUUUAACAAUAUAUAUAUAUAUAUAUAUAUAUAUAUAUAAUAUAUAUAUAUAUAUCAUUACUAGCGAGUGCACGGUAUGUGUUGCAAUGAAACUCAAAGAAACAAAGUGUUUGUGUCUUAAUUAUGUUUUUAAUGUGCUUUUUAUGUACCCAUUUUCUUUUUACCGCCUGGUGCGUAUUCGAAUAAAUUUGAAGUUUUUUUUCGAAGCGUGAGCUGGCUGCACACAGCUGUCCAUGUGAGAAGCAUGGAUUUUCAAAAUUUAGUCCACACACCGGUUGCGAUUGAUACACCCAUGCAAUAGGUCUGUUUGAAAUUAUAAUUAGUAAGCUCAAAUAAAAACAAUGAAAUUAGGGCCUAGGUCCCAAACCGAAUAUUGUAAAAUCAUUGCUCGUAUUCAAAAAACUUUUGCGGCCAUGCACACAACAGCUCACAAACGUUUUAUCGCAAUCUGAUGAAUGAUAUAGGAUAACAUACGGAAAUUAUAAUUAAAAAGGCUUAUAUCAUUAAAAAAAAUAUAAUUUAGGGCCCCUGGUCUAAAACUGAUUAUUGCAAAAUGGUUGUACAAAUUCAGAAACCUUUUAAAUUAUGUCAUACAAAAACGGAAAUAUCACUGUUUGUAGUUGAUUAAAUUGUAUCCACUCAUACAUUAGCUCUGUUUAAUAUUACAUGUUUAUACCUCAUAUAAUAAAAAAGAAACAAAUUUAGGACCCUCGAAUCCAAAACGAAAUAUUGUAAAAUAGUUAUACAAAUUCAUAAACUUACUUAUUAUGUCACACACAAAUUGAAAUGUCGCAAUUCGUAUUUGAUUAAAAUUCCAUCCACCAAUGCAUUACUUCUUUUAAAAAUUUCAUUUCUAUAGCACAUAUAAGAAAAAAAGAAAUAAGGUCUGCCAGCCCCAAAACGUAAUGAUUUAAAAUGUUAGUAACAGCUUUGAAACCCUGCGGCGGUCGCAUAUCAAUUCACAUACAUUUUAAUGGUAUAGGAACGCAUACGGAAUUAUAUUUACAUAGCUAAUGUAAGGGGGCAACCACUCAAAACGGAAUAUUUUAAAAGGGUUGGCAUGACUUAAAACAACUUGUGGAUGACUACUCACCAUAGUUUUAUCGCAAUCACAUUAAUGGUAUAGGAGCGCAUACUGUUUCAAUUAUAUUUAUACAGCUAAUAAGAGGAAAAACGGACAUAAUGCCCUAGAUUAAAAUGGAAUAUUUUAAAAGCGUUGGCAUGACUUAGAGCAACUUGUGGAUGACAACUCACCAUAGUUUUAUCGCAAUCGUUAGUGAUAGGGCCCACCAUCUCACCCCCACCCCAUGAAAACAAAAGAAAUAUAAUGUAAAAAAUUAUUUUUUUAAAAAUAAAUGUAAAUAAUAUUUUAAAGCAGGCCAUUGCCUAUAUUAUUGAUAACUUCAAUAGUAUUUAAUAUGAAGGUGGUAUUUUAAGUAGCGCCAGGAACUAUUUCUUCGACGCUUGACCAUUUCUUGAUUUCUUAGGUUUAGUGUCAACAUCGUCCUUGGAGCAAACGUGGACUGUGAUGUGAUAGCCUUUCACCUCGUAGUCAGAUUUAAUAGCUGCUCUGUCGUCUGCAACAGUCGGACGGCCUGUGGGUGGGGCAAGGAAGAAGUCUUUCAGUGUAACCCUUUUUGUAAAGGUGUCCCCUUCACUAUGGAGAUCUCGAUUGAUCAGUGUGGAUACAAGGUACUGUUGCAUUUUUAUCAUUUUACUUUCUGUUAUGACCUGGGCUUGUUAUAUUGUUUGUUUCAUGUUUUUUUUUACUGGCAGUUUGAUGGCGACAUAAAUAGAAAUAUUCGUUUGGAUAAUUUUUUAAUUCAAGCAUAUUUUGAAGACUCGGGCUUCGGAGCCAUGUAAAAGUUAUUUUGAGUCCAUUUUAAAUAUUCUUCAAAUACGUUAAUAUGGCGAUUUAUUGAGUGUUGAGAUGUUUUAAAACCUAAUUUUUUAUUGAUCACAUCGUAACAAAGAACCUUACAUUUGUCAUGUGAUACAUUGAAACUAAAACUGUAUCUUGGAUAACUUGUCGAAUCACAGCAUUCAAUAAUCAUCGCUUAACUUACCCAUUCAGUCAGAGAUAUUAAAGGUGUCACUUUAUUUUAUGUUGCGCUGCCCGACUGUGGUAAGGCCCUCGGAACAAGUUCUAUGAUAAGGAGAACUAAGGCGGUUUUCGUUUUUUGGGAUGUGGCUGCUCGUGAAUUACCGAUCAAGAGCUCAAACGCACUGCAUAGCUUCUGUAGUUCUGAGCUACGCGUUUCAUAGUUGUCUGAUAGUGAUGUGUUGGAUAAUUGGUCUUGCAGGAUUCUGCAGGUCUUUCUGUUGAAAGAUGGCAAUGACAGAGGACGGUAUAUUGCUAACAAAACUGAAAUAAAAAACACUAAUAUUCAUAGUGAUACAAAAUAAUUUACAUGAAAUAAUAUCAUUGUCUUUCCUUUAAUUUCAGAUUUCAGUCAACUGCAAAUAUUUGUGCAGUUUUAAUAAACGUAUUGAAACAGGAGAUUGCAACAACUUUCUGAUCUUCAAAGCAGACGUUUCUGUGUCCAAUGUCCAGUUCUGUUAAUUGAUUUUUUCAGAGGUUCCCAAUGUUUUUCAAGGCACGCUGCCAUUCCUAUAUUCAUUUUCCCCCCAAAACAACCUUUAUCAAGUGCACUAUUAAAUAACGAGUUUAUUUUUUAAAAUUGUAUUUUUUUACUUCUCGGAAAGUUCCUGAGAGUAAUCAGGGGUGCCGAAACGGACAGUUAACGAAUCCCUGGAUUAAACCAUUAUUUAACCCCUAAAAUUAUGACAGAUUUUUCAGUUUUUUACAACCUAAUAUAACAUAUCAUUCAAAGCGUCUAAUGACUUUAAUUUUGUAGCCAACAACAAUUAUUGAAUUUCGUACUAACGCCAUUGCAUGCUCUUUUUUUAAAUAUAGUUAUUUUAUUAUAAACAUAUUUUUUAAGGUCUACAAUAACAAUUAAUACAAAUGAUAUUACCUUUUACGAAGAAAGAAAGAAAUUUAUUUUUUCCAAUUAUAGCGAUAACCUUGAUAUUUUAGAAAAAAAUGUAAACAAUACUAAAACACACAUAAUCAAGUUUCCAAAAAAAGGGAAUCAUAAACAAACUUUUAUGGCUAUCUGUAGACAACAUAUCAUUCAAGGAAAUUUUUCCAUCAAAGUAACAACAAAAUUUUAUAUAUUUUUUUUAAAGAAAAACACAUUUUGCAUGAAAUUAUGACUUAGAAAAACAUCAUUUAAUUAUUAAUGAAGAAUAACACUUAAUAAGAAGAUCACGUUUUAAAAAAAUAAUAUUUAAUUAUUUUUUUUUUACAUCACCAAGAUUCGGAUCAGGUGAUCCAAUCAUUCACAUAGUAAAUAAAUAUAAAAUUCUUUAAAACAUAUUUUUUUCUUUAUCAAAUAAAGAAAUAUAUCACAAACAAACCAUCUGACAAAUGCUCUGAACAGUUUACAAUUGUUUUGGUAACACAAUGUACAUUUUUUGUAUGUUACUGUCAAAAACUUAUAAUAUCACUAGAAAGACUAAUACAAUCAUACCGGUACGUGAUUAAAUUUUAAAUGUAAUUGGGAUGAUCUGCCAAUAAUUUUCUACUUAGACUGCUUCAGAAAUCUUGAUCUUGUUGGUGAGUCCCAAAAUAUCUCCUUCAUCAACUUUCUUUUUGCAAUCUACAUCCAUACGUACCUUUCUGUCGAUGGUAGUGCAAGGAAUUCCACAAAUAUCUUAAAUAGAAAUUUAAAAAUUUCUCUUGUACCCUAAAGUGACUUUGACAAAAACUGUAUUCAUGAUCAUGAAUCUACACAAUCUCUUGCUUCCUUUUCACCUUUUUGUAAUUAAAAUUCAUUUCUUUUUUUUUUUAAAUUGUAUUUGAUAUGUCAAAUAAAUGUAGAUCUAAACUGCU